ACCAAACCGCCCCCUGCUCGGCCGCCUCCUCCUUCGAGCCGCUCCGCCCACAGCCAGCAAAAUAGAGGAGCCAUUCGAGCCGCCAUCGUUUAUUGGGCAAAGGGCGCGCGCAUCUGUCAACGCCGGCUCCCAUUGGACAACCCGCUCUGAUGCUUCAGGAGCCGCCCCGCCCCGCUCCUCGAAUUGUUGUUGCUUGGCGGGGUGGCAGGAGAGGGCGGAGCGCGGCUGCUCCGAUUGGUGAGACCGGGACUCUGCCCCGCCCAUCUCCGCUGCAGCGCACGCGCAGUCGGGACCUUCCCUUCCCUGACAUUCCCAGAACGGUCACACCCCUUAUUCCCCAGCUUCAUCUGUUAGUAAACAGUGUCUAGUAGUCAGGAGGCGCUCGGGGUCUGUGAUUGGCUAUUUCUGAAAGAGGCGGGGAGGGCUGAUUGGAACUUUUGGUCCGCCAAUCACCAUGGACAGAGGAGGAGCUUGAGGAAAGCGCUUCUUAUGCACGUGUUUGCAGACUUACCUGAGGGUCCCAGGCGUGAGUCCGCAGCGGCUACAAAGGUUACAGGUUGAAUAGGAGCAUGCCACAGUUUAGACGAACCCUGCACCCCUGAGUGGUGAAGAGCCACCCUGACCUACAGCCGACUGAGAUGGCAUUUCCUUCCACAAUCAGUCCACGACCCCAAAGGCCCUUCUCAGUCCCUGAGAGUCUUUGUGCCUCUGCUGCUCACAGAGAAAUCCAGAAAAGCUGGAGCCCCCUGGAGGGUUGUGUUCCUGGCUGUUCCUGUUGCCGCUGCAGCAGCAGUGCCUCUGCUGACACAUGGGUGCCUGGGGCAGAACUUGACCAAGGAAGAAAGAGCUCCCAGCAAGGAGGUGUGGGCUAUGCCAAGAAGAGAGGGAGGCAAGAGGCCUCUUUUCCACAGGGUCACCCAUGGUGGAGGAUGUGGGGGUCACAGUGGACCUCAGCACUCAGUUCCCAGAGCCUGGUCGAUACAGACACAUGCACACCCCCAGAUGAGGGGCUCCCAAUCUAAAGCCACAUGCGUUCUGGGAACCAGCAUCUUUCCUUAGGAACCCUGCCCACCAAAGCAAGAAAACCCUCCCUCUCCUGCUCCAAAGCCAACUCAGCUCCACCUCCCCCCCCACCCCCGGGGAUGAAUGACAUCACAUUGUGGAAAUUGAUGGGGACUCUGCCGCCCCUCUGGAUGUAACCUGGGGACUCUGCUCACCCUCCUUGUAACCCACUAAUACAAUGAUGGUGGAAAUCAAUCUGCCCAACCUCGAGGUGCAGCAGGCGGGGCCGUGAAGAUGGAGGGAAUGGCUGAUGGUGUGGGUGUGUCCCUGGCAGCCACAGAACUGGAUGCCCAGGGGGCUUUCCUCCCUCCCCUCUGCCUGACCAGCUUGUUCCAAAAUGGCUCGUGACGGGGACCUCAUAGAUCAGGAAUUAGACUGGUUCUGUCCUAGCUCCGGAUGUCAGAAAGGACCACUUACUCUCUCUGGACCUCAAUAUCCUCCACCAGCAAAGCUGAGGGGGAGGGAGCCUGUUGAAUGGCAGCGCUGUCAUCCCCACCUGCUCUGCCUUCCUGUUUCAGAUGCCACUGCCUCCUGACCUGCCACCUGCCCGUGACUGUUUUGAAGCCUUCCCUCCAGGUUCCUCUGAGCAUGAGCAUCACUUCUCACCUGAGCUGAGAGCGACAGGAGUUUCUGAAGGCUGGGCAGUGUCUCCUGCCGAGGCUCUGGGGGAAACCUGUCCUAAUAGGAGCCCCUGGCAGAGAAUCCACAGGUGGCUGUGGGGUGCAUGACUCAGCCCCGAGACUGCAUCUGGUCCGUUGGUGGGACCACCCAGGUCAGCUCUCCAGGACGGCUGCGGAGAGGGAGAUCUUGGGAGAGCUGUCCAUCCCCUUCUAGAGGAGCCAGAAGUAUACCCGCUGCGGGCAGUGAUGGCCCCUCCUCCACGGUCACAUAGGGACUAUGCAAGUUUAGUCCCCAACGCUGCGUCCUCAGGUGUAACUGUGCUCAUUACUCUGGCUUCGCAGCCUUUUGGUGUUCUGCCUUCUGCCCUCUACGAGUGUGGGAGGAAAGUGGGGCCCGUGUGGACACUACCGUGUGAAGGGCUAUUGAUUUAAGGAGCGUUGAGUGUGGGAAGACAUCUAUAAAACCAGCUUGAUCCUCUGUGACUCAUUCGAGGCUGACAUGACAACCUUCGCACUCCCCCUGAAGUCCUGCCUUCCCUCUGCCGUGAGGAAUUUGAUUCUACAGAAGAAGACAAACAUCAGAAACGUAUCCAGCACAGCUGGGGAUGACCAGCCAGCCAGCGUGGUGGUCCCCCACAGGUCCCUUGCUCUGGCCUUUGGAAAGAUCUGCCAGGCCAGCAAUGGCCCUCUGCCCCUUCAGGGCCGAAGCGAGCCAGGUAAGUGGACUUUGCCCGCGCUGGGCGCCAUCCUAGGCCCCAGGACAGGCUGUCCCCAGUUCUGGAAGUAUAUGUUCGGUGCCUGCACUGGCAGUCUGACCUCAUUGAAGGACGUGGUGGCCUUCCUGCUGGGUGGCAGCUUCUCUCUGAAAGGGGCCUUGGAGAAGGCGGGGCUCUCCAGAGGAGAUGCAGCAGCUACAACCACAUGGGCGCCUGCAAGGCAGGGAAGAAGCUGUGACGUGUCAGCAGACCCGGGGACUUCGUGGCUGCCCAAAGAAAGCACAGAUGUUUUCAUCUGGGCCUUGUGCCACAUCACUGGCCUUUGCUGCCCCCUGGUGGUCAUAGUGAGGCAUGUUCCCAAGGACAAGCUGGAAAGGCUGGUGCAGGCCAGUUGCUCAAUGCGGGUGGUGCAAGGACAACCAAUUCACAUCCAUGACCCAGAACCAUUGUGCAUCAGAGAUCUUUCCAGAUCUGACUUCAGGGAGCCUGUGGUGUGUCAGCACUGGGAUGUUCCAGUGUUCUGGCCUUCUCGGCUGAUCAGACUCCAAGCUUCCCUCCUGUUGUGUGCCUUGGAGACCCUGCUGGCUUUCACCAGCUCAGGGGAUGGCGCAGUUGUGAAUGAAGGGUACAGUGGCCCUGGCCAAUGCCUCACCCCUGAGGGAACACCAGAGGCCCAUCACGUUUCCCAGGAUCCUCUGCACUACAGCCUGGCAUCAGCUUCAGCUGCUCAGAAGGUCAGCGAUCAAGAGACGAUAAUUGCCAUCGACCCAGGCAGCCAGGGCAUCUGGCACCUGCUCUGUCAAGGUGAGCUGCUGUCACUGUCCCAUGUCUGCUCAGUGAACAGGACUGACAGCCGUCCUGCCCUCACUGACUGUGAUUCUAAUGGAGUAUGCCUGGUGACUACCCUCUGGUGCACCCAUUGCCCCCUGCUGGUCUUUCCCCCAGAUGGGAGGAGCUUUCAAGAAGCCAACGUGAACGCCCCCAGCGCUGGGGCUGAUGGCUCCACCCUUGGCCCUUCCUCUCAAGGUGUUCUGAAGACACGGAUCCCAAUAUUAAUUUAAGGUGGAUCAGUGGGAGCUGGCCAGACAUUUCUAUGCAGAGAUGGGGACCCCAAGUCACCCAGGUUCGACCAUCUGGUGGCCAUCGAGCUCCCGGGAAGGGUUGUGCGUGGCAAUUACUACAAUGGGGAGAUGAAGAUCCAGCCCUUGGUGGACCCUGUGGAUAAUCCUUUCAGAUCACAGAGGAUUCCUGGAAUCUCGUCGAGUGGGGUCAGUGACAAAGGCAAUGAGCUUGGAAUGGGCAAAGUUAAGGAGGCUGCCAAGAGGCACUUAGGAAAUGAGGACAUCACCGCCUAUGACGUGCAGCUGACUUUUGGUCACUGCCGCUGCCUAAAGAAUUUAGAUAAAGGGCUUAUUCCUGAAGUAGAGCUACCAGCAGAGAGAUCCGCUAAGACCAUGGGCAGGUGGGGUGAACUGCCUUCUGCCCCUUUGAAGUCCCAGGCCCGUGCCCCCAACAGCCUCUUUGCUUUAGCGGAAGAUGGCAUUGAAGGCGUUUCUAACAGGGGAGGUUGUGCCGUGGCCUGUGUGCUAUACAUCCCGAACUCAUGUGAGGUCCACAGACGUUACCUGAGGGAGGCAAGUGGGCCCUUCAGAGCACCUGGGGAGCAGAACCAGGCUCAGGCCCUCCCGUCCAUCUUUAAGUCCCGGACCCUGAGCAGCGAGAUGGGCUUUGGGACUGAGCGGUUCUUACCUGGGGUCUCAGUUCCCAUGGCUCUCGUGAAACUGAUGCCAGACUCAAACCCACCUCCUCAGCGGGUGCUCCUCCCAGAGCCAGGCCCCGCCCAACCCCAGGGGAAGCUGGUGGCGCAUCAGUCUCUAACAGGCACCUCCUGGGGAAUUUUCCAGAGAAGAAAAAAUAUCGCGUGUGCGGCAUAUGCCGAUGGCAGGGGCGUCUCGGGCGUGCAGGUGGGCGGGCUGCCCUCUGGUGCUCGCGCCCAGGUGAUCCAGACGCUGGUGGAUGUCACCAUGGCACUAGGAUGA